GAGUAAAGACGUGCAUAUUUGAGCUCCGACAAAAAUGGCUAGCUUAUGUAUAGAAACCAUAAACAAAUUACGUGUAGUUGAUCUACGUACAGAGCUUGAGAAAAGAGGCCUAUCUAGAUCAGGACGAAAGGAUAUAUUGAUUGAUCGUUUAAAAAUGUCGCUUCUCGAAGACGAAAAUAAAAACAAAUCGAGCGAGUUAGCCGAUCAUGGAGAAGCUACCGAGUUAGACAAAACAACGAAAGCUUCGGAGCAACCGAGUGAGUCUGCCUGUCGGAAAGAAUUACUUGUUGAAGAUACGUAUGAAUCCAACAAGCCUGCCGACCAUGGGAAAGCCGAUGAGUUGAGCAAUACAUGGAAAGCUCCAGUCAUGCAUAAUACAGAAGCCGACGGGUCAAGGUUGGAGGGCUUAAUUAAAGACCUAAUGCGGCUAAUUGAUGAUAAACUUCCCCAACAAGUCGUAGCAAAUGUUACAGCUGAUCAACCUGCUGCUCUAGACCAUAAUUUAUCGAUAGAAAUGGCUGAGGUAAAACUCGAGCUGGCUAUGUUAUGGGCAACGGUCAACUCAAAUCAGGACAAAUGUAUUCAAAGUAAAGACAAAGCUCCCUCCACCCAAUCCCAAAGUCCAUCCUAUAAGAAUGCGGGCACUCAGACUGUAGAAAGAGAAUUUUCAGUUAAACCAUCUUGCCAUAGGACAACAAAAUCAUCCAUCGACUUUAAAAAUCAGCUUGAUAGCUACAGGGCGACACAUAAAGCAAAUUUUGAAAGCCAAAAUACCCAGCGAGAUCAAGGCAAAACUUCGAAGUCGAAGAAUUCUAAACAACCAAAUGAAAAUAAUAAAGUCAGUGAACUGAGACAAAAGAUUAAGAAAGUCGAGCAGGAAAGAGAGUCCCUAAAGACAAUUAUUCAAAUUCAGAAAGAAGAAUUUAGACAAGCACUAAAUUCAAAAGACGACAACAAAACUCAACGCCCAUGGCAUGUUAUUAAACCUAAACCAAUUAUCAACCCUAAAAAUAAACAGAUUGAAAGAGAAGAUGGAAAGCAAUCUCGAAAACCAGGUCCUGUAUCAACUUCAAAUAAAUACGAAAGCCUAGAAGAUGAAAUAAUUGACGUGGACGAGGUUGCUAACGAAAUCGGUGAAGCGACAAACGACAUUAUAUCUGAACACAAUAAGGAAACAGAAAGCUUGAAUAAAUCAAACAUAAAACGACACAACCCUGUGAAAAGUUCUACUGUUGUAAUUGGCGAUUCUUUACUAAAAGGUCUUCGACAACACUCGAUUACGAAAGCUACUAACACCAAAGUGCAAGUCAAAUGCUUUCCAGGGGCCAAACUCAGCGACAUGAAGCACUAUAGCAUCCCAUCCCUGGCCAUUGAUCCUAAACACGUAAUUCUACACUGCGGCACGAAUGACUUACAAAAGAAGAAUCCACAAGAAAUAACUAAAGAAACAGGAGAACUAUGUGAUCUUAUUCUGGCAAAUUGUCCUAAUACUGAUAUCACUGUGUCGUCGAUACUCACGAGAAAAGAUAAUCAAGGUAACAAAAUCGCUGAGGUAAAUGAUCAACUUCGAUUGUUAUGCUUAGAGAAGAAUUUGAAAUUUUUAUUACACGCAAACAUAGAUAAUAAAUGUUUAAAUCGUUCAGGGCUUCACUUAAACAAACUUGGUGACUCUAUACUUGCCAAGAAUAUUAUUGGAGCAAUAAAGUGCUUUUAG